AAAGAACUUGUAAAAGCUAGUUGUAAGUCAGUGAAACAACCAUGGCUAACCCCUUGUUUUCCUUCAGCUUGCUAAUAUUAAGUCUUGCAACCAUGCAAGGAACCCAUGCAGUCUACUACGCCAUCAACGACAAAACUGGAAACAGCGGCGGCGGUGUUCGUUUCAGGAACCAGAUCGGGGCGGCUAACAGCCUUCAAACCAUGUCCGCCGCCACAAACUUCAUCUGGAACAUCUUCAAACAAAACAACCCAUCGGACAGAAAAAACGUGGCGAAAGUAACAUUGUUCAUCGAAAACAGCAACGGAGUAGCCUUUGCCGUCAACAACGAGAUCCACGUCAACGCGAAUUAUCUGGGAAACUACACAGGCGACUUGAGGAGGGAAUUCAACGGGGUGCUUUACCAUGAAAUGACGCAUAUUUGGCAGUGGAAUGGGAACGGGCAGACUCCCGGUGGGUUGAUUGAAGGGAUAGCUGAUUUUGUUAGGCUAAAGGCCAAUUAUAUUCCGAGUCACUGGGUGAAGCCAGGGCAGGGGAACAGAUGGGACCAAGGGUACGAUGUUACGGCUAGAUUUCUGGAGUAUUGUGAUGGUCUACGAAAUGGGUUCGUUGCAGAGCUUAAUAAGAAGAUGAGGACUGGUUAUAAUGUAGGGUAUUUUGUUGACCUGCUGGGGAAGACCGUUGAUCAGCUUUGGAGGGAUUAUAAGGCCAAGUAUGGCAAUUAAAUGAAUCAGCUAUCGUUUUGGAUAUAUUUUUUAAAUAAAA